GUGCGAGUACUAUUCCCUAUUCUGUGGCCAAGAGUGUCCAUGACAAGAUGUGUGCGCUCCCAAUGAAAAACUGAGCGGUACCCAAAACGGGUUUUUACAGAGAAAUAUUACUCCAAGACAUUAGUUGGACGAUUUCGGGACUAGCUUGUGCCAGCCACAAGAAUGGCGUCAAUCAAGACAUUUCCUAUUUUCAUUGUGGACGCAUUUUCAACCCAAGCAUUUGCCGGAAAUCCGGCAGCCGUAUGUCUACUUGAGGGCCCCAUUACGGAUGAGGUGAAGCAGAAGAUUGCAGCCGAAAUGAAUCUUUCGGAGACGGCGUUCGUUUGGCCUUUGGAUGAAUCCCCGAAAACCUUUGCAGGUUCAAAGAGAUUUUCACUUCAGUGGUUCACACCAACAACGGAAGUGCCUCUUUGUGGACACGCAACCUUGGCAACCUCUGCGGUCUUAUUUUUUGUCCAAGGAAACAAUAACCAGACAUUGGAGUUCGAGACCAAGUUCAGUGGCCUCUUGAAAGCCACAAGGAGUUUUAAAACUGAGUCGAUUGAGAUGCAGUUGCCACUCAAUCCUCCCAAUCGGUCAGUGUCUAAGAAUGAUGAGAAGGCUGUUUGGCAAGUGGUCCAAGAAGUCCUCAAAGGACAAUCCAAGUGGACUCAGGAAGAUGUAAAGGAGGUCAAAUUGUCACCUGUCACCAAGAAGCUACUUAUCCGCUUGUCCGACCGCAUUUGUCAAACGGAUCUCGAGGCCCUGGAAAGGCCCGAUGGCAUUACCAGCAUCGACACAGGAGACCGGGUGCGAGGUGUGAUUGUGACCGUUAAAAGCCCCGAGAAAUAUGACUUCUUGUCAAGGUACUUUGCCCCCUGGGUGGGGAUUCCAGAGGAUCCUGUCACAGGAUCGGCUCACACGGUCUUGGCCCCCUAUUGGGCAGGAGAGUUGGGGAAAAAAGAUUUCUUCGCCCGUCAGUGUUCCAAACGUGGAGGGGAAGUCACUUUGCGCGUGGAGGAUGACUUCCUGCGAAUAAGUGGCAACGCUACCAUUGUCUUGAAGGGAGCCAUUACCUUUUGACCAUGUGCAACAAUUUCGAUCCCGGGGACGAAACUCAAUAAAGAAGGCUUUUAGAUGCAAGAGUACCAGCCA